AUGACUGAGCCUAGUACCCAGAGCCAGAGUCAGCCUCGGUCUCAAUCCUCGCGCGAUGGCUCCGUCAGUUCGACCAAUUCAGCUGCUGGAGGAGCAACAUCAGCAGGAGGAGCGGCUGGCUUCCUCUCCAAGAUCACUAGAUCUCCUUCGCGCAGACACAAACCUCUAGGAUCAAACAGUUCCCUCGACGCUACUCUCGCCGCGGCCGGCUCGACACCACCUCGUCCUCGUCCCCGUCCAGCCUACACUCGAACGGCCACUGCCCCUCCUGCGCCCGUCACCCUGAAUUCCGCCAGACCCGAUCUCAUAUCCCGGACCAACAGUGAUGUGACUAGCCACGCUACACCUGAGAACAAUAUGCUACCUCUUCCGGCUGGGAAUAUUGCUCCGAUCUACACGCCGUCAGGAGUCAACCGCGCGCCCUUACACAAAGUCUCCAGCAAUGUCAGCGUCGGUGAUGACACCCUAAAUGCGCACACCGUCAAAGGAAAAGACAACUCCUCUCGAGAGGUGGACGUGCCUUCGGCGUUGGCGCUCAAUGGACUUCUCAACUCGAAUGCGGCUGUUGCCAACCAAGCCAACAAUUUUGCGUCUUAUGCACAGAUACAAGAGAUGACACACAAGAGGAUAGCGACGCUGGAGUACCUGCGAAGAGCGCACGAGGGUCGGUCUUUUUGGUUCAACACGGUCCUGUUCCAUGAGAAUGAUAUUGCAAGGCUGCCUUCUUAUACACCCAACCGACUGUCGCGGAGAGCCGUCAAUUUUAUGCUGCUAGGAAUGUCACUACCCACAAUUCUAGACUUCCAUCCUCCUCAGCCACCAGCCGCUACCAAUGCUGCGAACAGCGCUGCGGUCGCGCAUGAUUACUUGAAGAAUUUGAAUACUCUUUUAACGGAAUUCGAAUCCUUUCAACAACUCCAUCCCCCGGAUGGCAGUUCGGCAAGUUCACUCAGUCGGGCACGAAUCCCUCAAAUGUUCAAACGGGCGACGACGACGUCCAGACCGCGAAAGUCAAGUGGCCCCGUUACCGAAAUUGGCCUUCCUAUGCUUCCGGCUACGUCGCCGCCCUCGACUGUGCCGGAGGGUGGGCAUCAUGGUUCACAACCCUCAAUCGACACUACGGCCAGUGGGACUACUCUUGCCUCGUCGGCGAGUACCCUGGUGAAUCCUUCUCCUUUGGCUCCCAUGCCAGCAGCAGUCAACUUCCCCAGUGCGUCGGCAUUUCCUCCUCCAGCACCAUUCGAUGCGCCGAAUUCAACUCUGUUACCUAAUGAAGGACCAUACACUCACCUUCAAACUCCGCCGCUUCCAUUUACGCCCGACUUCUUCACCGUGUUCGCGACCUUGUGUGACGCGCUGAUUGACACUUAUCAGCGGUUACUGCAGAUCCUGACAGGUCCGUCGGCUUGCACGAACAUGAUCAGUGACCUCUUUGCCAAAGUUGACGGGCGGAUCCGAAAAGUGAUUGUGUCAGCGAUCGUCCGGGAAUUUGAGCAGGCUUCCCGAGAGUCGGCUAAAAGAGAGAUGAUAGGGGUGCAGAAAGUGGUGUUGGGAGGGCUGAUGGCAUGA